AUGUGGACACUUCGUCGAGAGACCGUAAACUUGGAGAAAGAGAUGAAUACGAGACUCUUCAAGAAUGACCACAAGAUGAUAGAGGACAUCAACGCCUCCCAGAACUCGUGGAGAGCCAAGGCUUACCCCCAGCACGAGAGGUAUACCGUGGAGCAGAUGCAAAGACGAGCUGGUGGACGCAGGAAGCCCAUACUAACACAGCCGGCGCCAGCCACCCCUGAACAGAAGGUCCGGGCCUCCUUCCUGCCAGAGAACUUCGACUGGAGAGACGUGGAGGGUGUGAACUACGUAUCUCCCGUGAGGGACCAAGAGUCCUGUGGUUCCUGCUACGCCUUUGCCACCAUGGGCAUGCUGGAGGCCAGGCUCAGGAUCGCCACUCGCAACCAACGACAGGAUGUCUUCUCAACACAGGACAUUAUCUCGUGUUCGGAGUUGGCUCAAGGCUGUGACGGAGGCUUUGGAUACUUGAUAGGGGGUCGUCACCCUCAUGAGCAAGGUGUUGUGGCUGACGAGUGUAAUCCGUACACAGCCCAGGUAAGAAGCCUUCAUGCUGAAUAUAACACCAACCACGAGGUGCUGCUGAUAGGUUACGGUGUGGACGCUGAUACUGGCGAGAAGUUCUGGACGGUGAAGAACUCCUGGGGCACUGACUGGGGCGAGGAGGGCUUCUUCAGGAUCAGGAGAGGCACUGAUGAGUGCGGCAUAGAGUCUGAGGUCACCCAAGCCACAGUCAUCCCAUAGUACUAGUAGCAUUUACAUUAAACAAAGAAUACUU